AUACGUCAGCUCUCGAUGAGGGCGCGACCGCAAAUGGCCGCCAUCUUGUUUUUAUUUGCCACAUGGAUCAAUUUGGCGUCGUCAUGUGAUAUCGACAUGGCUGUUUAUAAAGUGACGAUGAAAUAUCUGUGGAGUGAAGAGACGUUUCCUAAAGAUUACCCUUUAUAUAGACCUAAAGCGCAGUGGUCUUCUAUGUUCGGCCAAUCUCACAACAGAUCUUACAACCUCUAUCAUAUAGAUGAAGUCUCAAGGAAAUCUGUUCGCAAUUUUGCUCAAUUUGGAAAACUAGAUGAUUUAGUUCAAGAAGGAGAUGGUGAUCAGAGAGUAUAUGAUCAAUUUUCGGCUCCAUCCGUCGGAGAUGGGAUUGGAGAAACUGGUAAUAUGGUAUUUGUUGAUGGAGAACACAGCCUGAUUUCAGUUAUUUCACGUAUGAUCCCGUCACCAGAUUGGUUUGUCGGAGUGGACAGCUUGGAUCUUUGUAUUGAUUCGUCUUGGGUCGAUGAAAUAACGCUAGAUUUAGAACCCCUCGAUGCUGGAGCUGAAAAUGGCCUUACUUUUACAUCACCACAUUGGGAGACCACACCGCCUGAACCUGUCACCAAGCACGGCCCUCGUCAGCCUAAUCACCCAGCUGCUGGGUUUUACUAUCCUAAUUUACAAGAAUUACCUUCCAUUGCAAAAAUUAAAAUAUCAAAGGUUAAAGAAUAUUCAACAAAAGAACUCAAUGAUUUAGCUCGAAAAGAGCUCCUUCUAAGUCUGAAACUGAAAGACAAACGUAAGGGUUCUCCACGAAGAAGAGUCAAUUUCGUCGACAACUACCAAGAACCUAUAACAGACGCUACAACAAAGAAUCCUGCUUAUCAACUCAAAGACCUUGAAGAAGAUGCAAGAAAUAUACCUUCGUAUAACUCAGCUGAUAAUAAUGUUAUCGUUGUUACUAAAUCACCAAUAACAACAACAACGAUCCAAGAAUUUGACAAUGGUCUUAAAAAUAUGGACGACGUGGUGUUAGCUGUUGCCCACGGCAGAAAACUUGGUUUGGGCAAGCACCUUCCUAGACAUUUUAGGUCCCGCUUACAUCAUGCCGUUAAUAAAAUACAACCUGAAGAUUGCCUCGUGUCUGAAUGGAGUAAUUGGACGCCAUGCUCUGCGACCUGCGGUUUUGGUCAAAAGUUCAGAACUCGUAAAGUUAUAAGGGAGAAAACAAACAACGGACGCAAAUGUCCACCUCUGACUGAUAGACGACAUUGUGGUAACGUCAACUCUUGCGCGCACAUUGACUACUUUGAAUGGUGAAAAAUCAAACAGAAGAACAGCAUUUUAUUGUUCACAAUUUAUAACCAAAAUUACGUUACUUAAUAUUACUAUAAUUAUACUUA